AUGACUAUUGUGCUUUCACUAACAAUAUUCCACUCCUCUACCAGGCACAAUGAAUUCGAUGGUCAGAAUAUCACAGUGAAUCCCAUAAAGCCAGAGUCAGCCGAGAAGAAAUACCAGGAUUGGCCAUUUGCGAUUCUCUUCGUGGUGAACGUUGGCGUCAUUCAAAUUCUCAUGGCGUCGGGAGUGAAUGCCAUUAAGAGCAACAACAAUUUGCGCGAUACACUUUCAGACAACGACACGAAAGCCCUAUUGAUUGUGGCAUCGGGAAUGAUGAUACUAGCGAUGGUCGUAGCAGUAAUGAUGACGAAAAUAAUUCCGUCAUCCGCCCGCGGUAUGAUCAUUUUCGUGCUCUGGUUAAACUUCGGGGUCGCUGCAGCUUUCGCUGGUAUUGGCAUCGCUUUUGGCGCCUUUGCUCUCGUAGCUGUUGGAGUGAUCAUCGCGGUAUUGAAUUGGUGUUAUGUACGCAGCGUGAAGCGCCGUAUCCCACUAGCAGUAGCCCAGUUGCGAAUAGCUGAAGUUGCUAACUCUAACAACAGGGCGACGUAUGUUGUGGCUAUAGUGUUCGCCAUGCUGCAAAUUUUCUGGAUGGCAAUGUGCAGUCUAGCGCUACUAGGAGUAAUCAGCAACUCCACUCAAAAAUCAAGCAGUGCACAAGCACAACAAGGAGGAAGUUACAGCUGGGCAUCCGCACUGUUGCUGCUGUCGUUCUACUGGGGCAUUCAAGUAUCCAAGAACGUCGUACACACUACUGUCGCUGGAACCGUUGCAGCGUUCUGGUAUCAAACGGAAUCACUGAAUACUACGACCGCCUCGUUGAAACGCACUUUGACAACGUCGUUCGGAUCAAUUUGUUUCGGAUCUCUAAUUGUUGCUAUCCUGCAAACUCUCCACGAGCUGGCAAAAACCAGUCGCAAAUCUCGAGGUGCCGCUGCUUGCAUUGCCGAGUGCUUGUUGUCUUGUCUAGAGUCAAUCAUGGAAUAUUUCAAUCGUUGGGCGUAUGUCUACGUCGGGGUGUACGGCUACAGCUUCAUGAGCGCAGGGAAAGCUGUGUCCCAACUAUUUCACCAGCGAGGCUUAACUGCUCUCAUUAACGACGACCUUGUCCAUAUCGUGAUCAGACUCACAGCAAUUGGAGUUGGACUGAUCUGCGCUGGCUUUGGAGCGGUAGUCGCAGAGCUGAGCGACGCAUUCACGUUCGAGUCCAGUACGACCCUUUUGGCGAUUCUAGGCUUCAUAAUCGGCUUCAGCGUCGCGCUCACGCCGCUUGCAGUGAUCAGUAGCUCCGUCGCCACGAUCUUCGUCUGCUUCGCCGAGGAUCCAGCUCCAUUUCAGCGCUCGCAUCCCGAACUGUACGCAGCUUUGGCUCAAGGAUGGCACAGUCUCCACCCCGAGUUCAUUGCGCAGGCAGGAUACUGGCACGCCUAA